UUUUUUUUGCUCCGGUCUACUUUUCGACUUCUCUUGGUUUCUGGUCCCCGAAUUUCAAAUUCAUGUCUAUAGAACCUGUCCCGCUCUUCUAUGGUGACUAUAGCGGCAAUGAGGAACCGUCUACGUGGUUCACAGAAUUCCAGCUCUCCCUUCCAACAACAUGGACCGACACUCAGCGUGUCCGGCGCUUCUCUAUGCAACUCGUGCCCGGACAAAUGGCAGACCAGUGGUUCCAGUCACUCAACUCAGUCCAAACUGCCACAUUUGCGGCACUCACGAUAGCUUUUUUCAAACGGUGGCCACUUCUGAAACCGCCCAAGUUAUCUCGUGCGCAGCAGAGAGAGCGCGUGGCUGCGCAUGCACUGAAAGAGGGUGAUAUUGGAGCAUUGGCGCCCAACGGCAACUUUGCGCAUGUUGUAUGGGCAACUGAGAUCUCGCAACUUGCUUUGGGUAUGGGAGAUUUAAAAGGAGAUUUGAUUGAGGAUGUGCUCGAGGGCAUCCCCGACCUCCUCAAGGACCACCUAACAUGCAGUUACUCAACAUGGGACGAGUUCGUUGAAGAUGUGCUACGAGUUCCCAGCAUCAAGCUCCAGCGGAGUCGUGAGAAGUUGGAAGAUAGGAAUCGUCGAGACGCUGACAUUGCGCAGUUGAAGGCAUGGAGUUCGUCUGUACUGUUGCCAUCCUAUCUACCGUCUUCGCCAAUCACCAACACUAACCUUCAUACUGCCCCGCCCACUUGGGCAGAUGAUGUGUGCUACACAGUUGCUCAGACUCGACCUUCGCGCGAUUUUUCGGCCCUUCGCACUUCCUGUCGCAACCCAUGGUCCAGUCUUCAGUACCGGCGUCGUCGUUUGCGGACUCAUGUUCAACUCCCUCACACAGUAUUUGCAGUACUCCCACAUCACUCACACUUGAGACGCUAUCCAACAUUCUUCGACAACUCGCCAUAUCAUUUUUCCCACCAUGCUACUAGUACACCACAUUGUCCUACUUGCCGGUGUCAAAAACCUCUCCGUCUCGUUCAGCCGCCGCAUUCUCGUCAUUUUCGGACUGCGGCCACACAUUCGUCGUUCGUGGUACAACCGCGGACGGUUGCAUUUGGAGAGGGGGGAGGUGUACCAGGGUGGUGGUCUGGCGCAGGUUUCCGCACUCCCGCACGUUCGUCUUUCGUCUUGCAACCGCGGACGGUUGCAUUUGGAGGGGUGGCAUAUGUAGCGGGGCGCUCUGGCAGGACAGGACGGGAGUGGCAGGGGUCCUGGCGCGGUGGCAGGAGUCCUGGCUCGUAGUCGGUAGUCCUCGCGUGUGUCGUAGUCUGUCCUCGAUAGACAGAGCCGUAGCCUCCCGCCAUAGAGGUCUGGCCUUGGUUCCCUUGCAGUCCGUGCCCGUUCCAUUGGAUAUACGAAUUUGCCAACUGUGAAUAGCGGGUUAACUGAUACUUGGCAGGCCGUGACUGCAUGUGACGAGGCAAGCUCGCAUACCAACGUGAUUCACUUAAGUUGGAUAGUUG